CCGCCGCGCCCCGCACUCGCCGGCUCGCCGCUGUCCUCCCCUCGCUCUCCGGCCAGUCGGGCGGCGGGCCCCCGAGAGACCCCGUCGGGUCGAGGCUGGUGGCUGGCAGGCAGGCGGGCGGGCGGGCGGUCAGGCCCGGGCCUCGGCCUCCUCGCCAUGUCCUCGGGCCGCGACGCCAGCGGCCGCUUCCCGCUGCACCUCCUGGUCUGGAACAACGACUACCGGCAGCUGGAGAAGGAGCUGCGGGACCAGAAUGCAGAAGCUCUGGACCCACGGGGUCGGACAUUACUGCACCUUGCGGUUUCUUUGGGGCAUUUGGAAUCUGCUCGAGUGUUGCUGCGACAUAAAGCAGAUGUGACCAAAGAAAAUGGCCAGGGAUGGACAGUUCUGCAUGAAGCUGUGAGCACGGGUGAUCCCGAGAUGGUCCACACCGUCCUGCAACACCGAGACUACCAUAACACAUCCAUGGCCCUUGGAGGUGUACCUGAGCUGCUACACAAGAUUCUCGAGGCCCCGGAUUUCUAUGUGCAGAUGAAAUGGGAGUUCACCAGCUGGGUGCCCUUGGUCUCUAGAAUCUGCCCGAAUGAUGUCUGCCGCAUUUGGAAGAGUGGUGCUAAGCUGCGCGUGGACAUCACUCUGCUGGGGUUUGAGAACAUGAGCUGGAUAAGAGGGAGACGAAGUUUCAUAUUUAAGGGAGGAGACAACUGGGCAGAGCUGAUGGAAGUCAACCACGAUGACAGAGUGGUCACCACUGAACACUUCGACCUUUCCCAAGAAAUGGAGCGCCUCACCCUGGACCUCAUGAAGCCAAAGAGCAGGGAGGUUGAGAGGCGGCUCACGAGCCCAGUCAUCAACACCAGCCUCGACACUAAGAAUAUUGCCUUUGAAAGAACUAAAUCCGGAUUCUGGGGCUGGAGGACAGAUAAAGCAGAAGUUGUUAAUGGUUACGAAGCCAAGGUUUACACGGUCAACAAUGUGAGUGUGAUCACCAAAAUCCGCACGGAGCACCUGACAGAGGAGGAAAAGAAGAGGUACAAAGAGGACCGGAAUCCACUGGAGUCUCUGCUGGGAACUGUGGAACAUCAGUUUGGUGCUCAAGGGCAGGACCUCACUACGGAGUGUGCCACCGUGAACAACCCCACGGCCAUCACACCCGACGAGUACUUUGACGAAGACUUUGAUCUGAAAGACAGGGACAUUGGAAGGCCAAAGGAGCUGACGAUCCGAACACAGAAGUUUAAAGCUACACUGUGGAUGUGCGAAGAGUUCCCACUCUCCCUCGUGGAACAGGUCAUUCCCAUCAUCGACCUCAUGGCUCGGACCAGCGCUCAUUUUGCAAGAUUGAGAGAUUUCAUCAAAUUGGACUUUCCUCCUGGAUUCCCUGUCAAAAUAGAAAUCCCCUUGUUUCACGUUUUGAACGCACGGAUUACAUUUGGAAAUGUUAAUGGCUGUAGCACCGCUGAAGAGAGUCAGAAUGUGGAGGGGAUCCAGGCCGACACAGCUUCCGAGGUCACAAGCUUUGAGGUUGAUCAGUCUGUGUUUGAAAUUCCUGAGUCCUAUCACGUUCAAGACAAUGGCAGAAACGUGCAUCUCCAGGAUGAGGACUAUGAAAUAAUGCAGUUUGCCAUCCAGCAGAGCCUGUUGGAGUCCAACAGGAGCCAGGAACUUUCGGGACCAGCUUCAAAUGGAGGGAUCAGCCCCACCCACAGCUAUGAAGCCCAGUAUGAGAGGGCCAUCCAGGAGAGCCUCCUAACCACCAUGGAAGGCCCGUGCCCAGGUGCCCUCGGUGAGUCAAGCCGCUUUGACAGUGACCUGCAGCUGGCCAUGGAGCUGUCUGCCAAGGAGCUGGCCGAACAGGAGCUCAGGCUGCAGGAGGAAGAGGCCCAACUCCAGCAAGUCUUGCAGCUGUCACUCACCGAGAAAUAGACAUUUCUGUCCAGGGGCUGCGCGGGAGUGCUCCGUCAGCUGAGACCCGACGGCAGAGGGCCUGCACUCCUGCAGACAGCAGCUGCCCCUUCCUUAUGCAAAGGAGCAGGCCCAGGGACUCCCCAGAGUGGAGAAGGGGAGCACUGGCAGGCCCCAUCUCCAGGCUGAGGGGAGGGGCAUCGUCACCUUCCAUUAGCUGCCCUGGCUUGCAGGUCACAUCUCUACUACCAGCUUUAGACAGACGCCAAGCCCUGCGGGUUAGCAGAGACAUCUUAAUCAGGAGUUCUAACAGUUCCUGUAGGGUCAGGGUGCUUUCCACACGGGAGCAGCGGCCUUUGUAGAGUGCUCACCAAAGAAACGGGUUAUGCUGACCUCUCCAUUUCCCUUCCUGUAGGGUCCCUAGGAUAGGACGUUGCCGCCAUUACACCUCCUCAUCUCUACCUUGUCCAUGCCCUGUACCCCAGCUAAGAGGAUAUGCACAGGAUCUAUUUUAGAUUAUGGCUAACUAUUUGCAUCAAAUUAAGAUAGACAAAUGACCACGGAGGUUGCCUUAGCCUUAAAAAUUACUAAUAGUUUUAAGCCACCUCACUCCACACACGGAGGAGAGUUCCUCUGGGAGCAGCAUCCUCCAGGCUACACCAAAGGCAGCUAAUCCUGUCCUUGGAGGAGCAGCUAGGGGAGUCGGUCGGCGGCUGGUUCUCGAAGCAGGCAAGCUGACCGAAGCGCUGGCCCAGCAGAGCCAGCUGCAGGCCUGGCUGCCUCGGAGGACGGACAGGAUGGACUUGAAGUCAGAGGGACGCUAACAUGGAGUAGAGGCUCUUCAUCCAAAAGGGAAAAGGGACAACUCAUUGCUUUUUAGAAUUCAAAUCAACAUCUUUCUGGAUAAAUAUAUUUUUUAACAGAAUCUUUUUAUUAUUUUUAAAAGAUAUAAAAAUGACUACUCCCAUCAGUAGCAAUACAAGGUUAUGCAUUUUAACCAGAUUUUCUCAGGCCUUUUUUGGAUACCUUUAGUAGUUAACUAUUUUGUCUAACCCUCCUGUAAAUACCUACUGCAUAACAGACCGACCCCUGGGGGAUACAGCCAAGGGCACCCUGCACCUCUCACCUGGUGCAGGCAUCCCCCCCCCACAGGCUGCGCUGACCACUGGUAAACAGCACCUGCCUCUGUUUUGCAUCUGUUUCCUGUUACGCUUCUUUUGGGAUAGGAAGGGAAUCCACUAGUCCCAAGAAUGUCUGUUUGAUACAGUCAGUGUUGCCAGUAAAAUGUUCUUAGACAAAAAGAAUUGUGAUUUUAAUUCCUCAUAGCCAUCUGCCUUUUGUCACGGUCUAACCAGAAUUCCCUCCCUGUACAUAGGCCGGUAUGGGCAUCACAUUUGUACAGCUUGGCGGUCUGUUUCCUUGGCGUUUGUUGGGGGCAAAGGUACUGUGGGAGUGGCAGUCCUCGGCCGUGUCACCCACCAAGGUGACUCCCGGGUGACUCCUCUGUUUGCAUUCCUGAAGUCUGUGACUGUGUCCCCAGGAAGUCACUUGAAAAAGGACUGAGCAUUGCAUCAACAUGUUGCAGCUUUCCCCACGUGUUCUCUCUUAAAACGCCAAUAAAUACGCUUCCAUAGA